AUGGGCUGUAGACGCACGGACUGUCUUGCAAAGCCUCUGUCAGGUCUUUUUGAAAAACUUGGAUCACUUGUAGGCUCUUAUCCUUUCUAUUUUUUUGUGAUUCCUCUUAUAGUUUCAGCAGCACUCGGCGGAGGCUUCACUUUCCUCAAAGACAGGGAAGACAAUGACCUUGAACGGCAAUUCACACCCAGGAAAGGACCCUCGAAGGCAACAAGAGCUUUUGUCAAGGAAAACUUUCCCUACAAUGACUCGAUGUUUUCAGAAGACAGGCUCUACGAAAAGGGCAGCUUUGCAUCCCUCAUUGCUGUGUCAACUAACAGCUCUAGUAUACUAGCAAAUCCUGCCUUUGAGGACAUCAUCAGACUCAACAAUGAGAUACUUAACAUCACUGUGGGCAAUAGGAGACUGGGAUUCAAGGAGCUAUGUGUCAAAGCCAAUGGAGAAUGCGUCUCAAAUGUCAUCCUAGAAAUUAUUAGGGCUAAUGAAACUGACCAAAGGACCAGCAUCACCUUCCCAGUACAUACAUACAGAUCCAGUUCAGUCUUUCUGGGAUCUGUGCUGGGUGGGGUUAUUACAGACGCCAACAGCUCAGUCGUAACGGCUCAGGCGAUCAAACUCUUCUACUACUUAGAGAAUAAGGGAACCACAGCUGAAGCCUCAAAAUUAUGGCUGAGAGCAUUCAAAGAGCUCCUAUCAGCUGAGAUGAACAGCAAACACAUUGACGUGUCUUACUACACCUCCAAAUCCAAGCAGGAGGAGAUUGACAGUCACACCACAGAUGGCUUCCCUUUAUUCCUCAUCACUUAUGCCUGUGCUAUCACCUUCUCGGUGAUAUCCUGCCUGAGACUGGACAAUGUGAGGAACAAGCUGUGGGUGGCUGUCUUCGGGGUCCUGUCCUCUGGCCUGGCUAUUCUCUCCUCUUUCGGCUUGCUGCUUUACAUCGGGGUGCCUUUUGUUAUUACAGUCGCAAACUCUCCUUUCCUAAUACUUGGAAUUGGCCUCAACAACAUGUUCAUACUGGUGUCCGACUGGCAGCACACCAACGUGACAGACCCAGUGUCGAAGCGGAUGGCUCACUCUUACAAAGAAGCUAUCAUGUCCAUCACCAUCACCGCCCUGACCGACGUCCUCAAGUUCUUUAUAGGCUUCACGUCUGACUUCCCGUCAGUGCAGUCGUUCUGCCUGUACACCAGCACCUCCAUCAUAUUCUGUUACAUCUACACAAUCACCUUCUUCGGAGCCUUCCUCGCUCUAAACGGGAGGAGAGAAGCCAGCAACAGGCACUGGCUGACCUGCAUGAAAAUACCAUCAGACAAUCCUGAUCAUCGUUCUGAGAUAUAUAACAUCUGCUGUGUGGGAGGCGACUAUGAUAAGCACACUGGUGCAGAGAAAAAACAGCCUGCAAAUAAUUUCUUUAAGGAUUACUACGGCCCAUUUUUGAUCAAACCGUGGGUCAAGAGAGGUGUAAUCUUCCUUUAUGUGGUAUAUUUAGCCACAAGUAUUUAUGGAUGUUCCCAAGUACAACAGGGGAUUGAGCUUUAUGAUCUGGCAGCUGAUAACUCCCACGUUACGAGAUUUAAUAGGAAGGAUAGGCAGUAUUUUUCUGAUUACGGUCCAGCUGUGAUGGUCAUCGUAAGUGAGAAAUUCCCAUAUUGGGUUAGAAUCAGGCGUUACCAGCUUGAGGCAUGCCUGGACAGUUUUAAAUGGCUUCCUUUUGUAGAUAAGGAUGUCUAUACGUCUUGGUUUCACUCUUACUUGUCAUAUGGACGAGAAAGACAUUUAAACCUUGACAAAAAAGACGUUUUUCUCAAAAACCUUUCUGAAUUUUUGGAUUUAUUUCCUUUUUUCAAGCAAGAUGUGAACUUCACUGGUGAUGCCAUUUAUGCAUCCCGCAUUUUCAUUCAGACUGUUGAUAUUGCCAACGCCAGUAUGGAAAUCCAAAUGCUUAAGGGUCUUAAAACCACUGCAGGCAGAUGCCAUGUGGCGUCUUUAUCAUUUUAUCACCGACAAUUCAUCUUCUAUGACCAGUACGGUGUAGUAGUCAGUAGCACGAUUAAGAAUGUCAUUGUGAUCACAGCUGUGAUGUUUGUCGUCUCUCUUCUGCUGAUUCCAGACCCCCUCUGCUCAUUAUGGGUGACUUUUUCUAUCGGCUCGGUGAUGGCGGGGGUGACUGGUUUCAUGACGCUAUGGGACGUCAGUCUCGAUUCCAUAUCCAUGAUAGUUUUUACCGUCUGCAUUGGCUUUACUGUCGAUUUCUCUGCUCACGUGUCUUAUGCCUUAGCCUCCAGCAAGAAACCCAACCCCGAUGACAAGGCGGUGGAUGUGCUCUCCCAUCUAGGCUAUCCAAUACUUCAAGGGGCCUUGUCCAUCAUUUUGGGAGUGUCAGUUUUGGCUACGUCUGACUUUCACACCUUCAGAACCUUUUUUAAAAUUUUUUUCCUUGUCAUGCUUAUUGGGAUGGUUCACGGCAUAAUUUUCAUCCCAGUAUUCCUGACAUUAUUUACAUGUAGCUCAGAGAAAGAUGUAAAAGAAUGUAAGAACAAGACUGUGAAAAUCAGCAAACUAUGACCACUGUUGAAAUAUUUUCCAAAACUGUACUGAAAGUGACAGAGAAAUCAAUAUAAAUAUUCCUUUAAAGCAAAAAAUUUUACAAAUUUUGUCAAAAAUUUGACUUGAAUUGA